GAAGAGGGGCUCCUGUUGCUUAGUGAUUGGGAGAGGGCCUUGUUGCCAGGUGACGGGAAGAGAGAACCCAGGUUAUUGAUGAGAGGAAGUCUUCCGUUGCUAGGCGACCAGAAGAGACCCCGUUACCCAGAGACGGGGAAAGAGGAGUCCUCCAUUGCUAGCAGGAGCCGAGGAGGGCAUGUCUCAGGCACCGGAAGCUCGGCCAAGCCCACCCUCAGUGUAUCAUGAGCGGCAGCGACUAGAGCUGUGCGCCGUCCACGCUCUCAACAACGUCCUCCAAAAGCAACACUUUAGCCAGGAGGCUGCCGACGAAAUCUGUAAGAGGCUAGCCCCAGAUUCCCGGCUGAACCCCCAUCGCAGCCUCCUGGGUACUGGCAACUAUGAUGUCAACGUGAUCAUGGCUGCCCUGCAGGGCCUGGGCCUGGCCGCCGUGUGGUGGGACAGGAGGAGACCCCUGUCCCAGCUGGCCCUGCCUCAGGUGCUAGGCCUGAUCCUGAACCUACCCUCUCCUGUGUCUCUGGGGCUGCUGUCCCUGCCACUGCGUCGCCGGCACUGGGUAGCCCUGCGCCAGGUGGAUGGCAUCUACUAUAAUUUGGACUCAAAGCUGCGGGCACCUGAAGCCCUGGGGGGCGAGGAUGGUGUCAGGGCCUUCCUGGCAGCUGCCCUGGCCCAAGGCCUGUGUGAGGUGCUAUUGGUGGUGACCAAGGAGGUGGAGGAGACCGGCUGCUGGCUGCACACAAGCUGACCCACUGCCUGUGAAGGGCUGAUGCUGUUACACUCCCGAGUGUCCAGUGCCUGGAAGGGGCCUGCAGCUCCAGGCCCCGGAGGUCUGCCUCCCGCCCUAAGGGCCCCGCUUUCCCCACCACUGCUGCCUCAAUAAAUCUGCUCUUUUGCUA